AUGGGAGAACCGAGUCUGCGAAUCACUCUUACAUACAAUGAAGAUUUUAAGAAAAACGUGUGUAUACCAUAUUUCAAGGAUAUCUAUAAGUAUGCAUAAUUACCAGGAAUUUUGGGGGAGAGAUUUUUUUAAGUGAUGGAUCUAAACUCAGAUGGAUACAUAGAUUACAAAGAGUUCUUAACGGGAUUCCUUAGGAUUUACUGCGCUACUUUCGAUUAGAAAACAAAGUUUGUGUUUGAGAUUUAUGAUUUCGACUCUGACGGCUAUAUCUCAAAGUCGGAUAUCUUAACAAUAUUAAAGUAUGUUCCAGUUGCAAAUGAUACACCAGUACUCGGUGAGGGCAAGUUUACAUAAGAAGGUGGAGGUGCUUCUGAUUAUCUUGAGAGAGUUGAGACUCUUCAGCAAAUGUAUAAUAGUUUGGAUUUAUGUUUUGGCACUAAAGAGAGGAUAAAUUUUUAGGAAUUUUCCAAGAUAAAUGAAGAAGUUGCCUCUGACAUGCUUCUUUCAGUGUUGAAUCUGUUUAGAGAGCGUUUACCUUGCUCAGAAAACUACUGGAAGUAUAAGAGAAGUUAUGAGCUGCAAUAAUUCAAUAUUAAAAAUCAAUAAGAGGAAGAAGAAAAACAAACAGAUCCAUCAACUAGAUCAUAAAGUCCAGGUGUAUAACAACCAGGAGAUGGAAUUGAAGUUUAGAAUAAAAUGCUAGCAUCCCCUCAAAUGACUAGACUAAAACCUUUAUCACCGUAUUUAGCUGGUGCAAAUAGACUAAGAUAACAAAAGGAUGCAAACAAUCCAUUGCUUAAAUACGUUUAAACAAAAAAGGAUCCGAAUGAAAUGAAUGGUUAAGGAACUAUUGAUUAACAACAUUCUCCAAGAAUUGAGAACAUGGAUGAGUAGUCUGUCUGUAACUCAAUUCCUAUAAGUAAAUUCUAGUCAAAUCAUCUAUCAAAGAAAAAGAAUCAGGAGACCAGCCAUAAACUGGAUGAAGAUGGAUAAUUAUCACCAACGGCCACAUAAGCUUAGAGAUUGACUGGCUUUAAAAAUAUAGAUUCCCCUUCCUUAUUGAUAGCAGCAGGAGUGUAAAAAAUGAACUUGGACAAUGAAAUUGACCAUAAGAUUACUCAGAGAUUUUGCAUAUGUGGCCUACCAUGCUUACCAGAUUAAGAGAUGUGUGAUAGCUGUCUUGAUUAUAUGGGAAAGAACUUUAUUGAGGAUAAAGACAAAUGGAUGGAUGCUAUUAAAAAAGCAAUAGGUUACGCAAACCUUUAUGACUUCUAUGAUAUCAAGGAGAAUUUAGGUUAGGGAAAAUACGGCGUAGUGAAAAGAGCAGUGCAUAAAAAGACUCAAAAAGAGGUUGCUGUAAAGGUUGUAAAGAAAAAAGAAUUAGGACUUAAAGAUCUAGAACUUCUAAAGAGAGAAAUAGAAGUUCUGAAAAUUUGUCAGCAUCCCUAUAUCAUCACUCUCUAUGAUAUAUUCGAAAAUCAAGACUAUCUAUAUAUCGUAAUGGAAUAUCUCUCUGGUGGGGACCUAUUCAGUUUCUUAGAAAAAAGAGCUUUUAAGGUGACUGAGGAAAGAGCUCGUUAAAUAGCUCACUAAUUGGCCACUGCUAUUUAUUAUCUACACAGCUUUGGCAUAGCUCACAGAGAUCUUAAGCCAGAAAAUAUCUUAAUGAUAAAUACUGAUGAGAAGGCUCAUGUAAAAAUCGUAGAUUUCGGUCUUUCUAAAAGCUUUGGUCCCAACGAAACUUGUAAAGAACCUUUUGGUACUCUUUGCUAUGUAGCUCCCGAGAUCUUAUUGUAAAGAUCAUACGAUAAGUCUGUCGAUUUGUGGAGUCUUGGAGUGAUUGUCCAUCUCAUGCUGAGUGGUUCUCUUCCAUUUGAUGACUAAGAUGACAGAGAAAUAGCUAAGAAAACUAUUUAUUAGGAGGUUACUCUAAGUCAUCCAAACUGGAACGUAGUAACUGAUGAUGCUAAAGACCUUGUUUUAAGGUUACUCACAAAAAAUAGAAGAGACAGAAUUUCAUUAGAGCAUGUGCUUGAGCAUCCAUGGAUAGCUAACAAGAAAAUCACUGACCUCAGAAGGAAGUCUAGCGACGAGGGAGACUAACUUCUACAAUUCGUUGCUUAUAGCAACACAGACAUUAACAUCAUUAAUAAAAGUAGUCCAAGAAAAGAGAUUGCAUGA